UAGUAUAGUUCCUCGCUUUCCCUAGGGUUUUAAAUCACAGGUCACCAGCAAACUGAACCCAACCAUGGCAGCCGCAGUAGAGUCCGUGCAGUGCUUUGGCAGGAAGAAGACAGCUGUCGCCGUAACCCACUGCAAGCGAGGCCGCGGCCUCAUCAAGAUCAAUGGAUCCCCUAUCGAGCUGGUGGAGCCGGAGAUCCUCCGCUUCAAGGCCUAUGAGCCGAUCCUUCUACUGGGACGGCACCGUUUUGCAGGAGUAGACAUGAGGAUCCGUGUCAACGGAGGUGGUCAAACCUCUCAGAUCUACGCGAUCCGGCAGAGCAUCGCAAGGGCUUUGGUGGCCUUCUAUCAGAAGUACGUGGACGAGCAGAGCAAGAAGGAAAUCAAGGACAUAUUGGGCAGGUAUGAUAGGACUCUUCUGGCCUCUGACCCACGACGCUGCGAGCCCAAGAAGUUCGGAGGCCGUGGCGCCAGGGCCAGGUUCCAGAAGUCUUACCGUUAGAGAGGGACUUGAUAGAGGUUAUUUUACUUUCAUCUGCGGCUUUGAUUGGACAGAAUGUUUAAUGCGUUUGUUGGCUUCCAUAAUAUUUUAUGAUCGAAGAUUUUGUUUUCUUUAUGGAUCAUAUUGUGUUUCAAGUGAAUUUUAAUCAGGUUAUUUAUGUCUCCUGGUCGUUUGCUUCGUCUUAUUUUGUAAGGAAAUAUUGUAUAAGGUAUGUCUCUGUGUGUGAUGCUGCUUGAUUUUCUUACCGUCA